AUGGCAACACUUAAUGAAAAGAAGACAUGUAGCCAACGAAUGGAAAAUUUCCAGCGUUUCGUAUGGAAUCCGGACACGGGACAGUUAAUGGGAAGAACCUUGAUUAACUGGGUAUGGAUCAGUCUUUACUAUGUUGCGUUCUAUGUGGUGGUGACUGGGCUGUUCGCACUGUGUAUAUAUUCUUUAAUGAAGACACUCAAUCCAUAUACACCGGACUAUCAAGAUCGAUUAAAAUCACCAGGGGUGACGUUACGACCAGAUGUGUAUGGUGAAAAAGGAUUGGAGAUUUAUUACAAUAUUUCAGAAGAACACUCUUGGGAAGGUUUUGUUAAGACUCUUCAAAAGUUUCUUUCAGGUUACAAUGAAACUGCACAGCAAGCCAAUAUCAAUUGUUCUUGGGAAGGAUACUACUUCCAAAAGAAUUUUGAUGCUCCAAACCAUACAAAACAUUCUUGCAAAUUUACACAAGAGAUGCUCGGAAACUGUUCUGGUCUUAUGGAUCCCACUUUUGGUUUUUCAGAAGGAAGUCCAUGUUUAAUAAUAAAAAUGAACAGAAUUAUCAAUUUUCUUCCGGGCAAUGGCACAGAACCAAGAGUAAACUGCACAACACUGAAUGAUGAAAGCCCACUAGAUGUACAAUAUUAUCCUAGAAAUGGAACUUUUAAACUUCACUAUUUCCCCUACUAUGGAUGUAAGGCACAGCCAAGCUACAGUAAUCCAUUGGUAGCAGUGAAGCUUCUCAACGUUCCCAUAAACAAAGAAAUACACGCCGUGUGCAGAGUGGUUGGUACAGGAAUUACUUCAGAUAAUCCUCAUGACCCAUAUGAAGGAAAAGUGGAAUUCAAAGUUUGCAUAAAAGCUUAA